AUGAUAGGGUGGGAAGACGUUUACAAUGUACUCUCUGCUAUUUUUCCACUCUAUGUAGCACUACUCUUAGGCUACGGAUCCGUGAAAUGGUGGCACAUGUUCAAUCCCGACCAUUGUGAUGCCAUAAACCAACUCAAUUACUACUUCAUCAUGCCUCUCUUCUCCUUCGAUUUCACAAGUCGCAUCAACCCUUACAAAAUGAACUAUCUGUUCGUAGCUGCAGAUGUUAUCUCUAAAACCCUCAUUCUCUUCACAAUAUCUCUAUGGGCUAAUUGCAGCAUUAAAGGAAACUAUCCAUGGUCUGUUACAAGCUUCUCUUUAUCUAGCUUGAAUAAUUCUCUUAUCGUAGGGGUUCCUCUUAUGCGAGCAAUGUACGCGAGUUCCGGGGAGAAUCUUGUCAUCUUGUCUUCCAUUUUGCAAUCUUUGCUGUGGAAUAUGUGUCUUCUGUUCAUGCUGGAGCUCUAUCGUGCGAAGAAACAGUUGGAUUUAGCAACUGCAUCAACCAAAUCAGCAACAGAUGUUGAGAAUGAUGGUGAUGGAGACACAAGUGGGACGACUUCUGUUUUCAUUUUAUUGAAGAUUGUUGGAAUUAAGCUCGCGAAGAACCCCAACUCGUAUGGGUGUAUACUAGGACUUUCAUGGGCGCUCGUAUCAUAUAGGUGGAAUCUAAAAAUGCCAACCAUCAUAGAAGGAUCCAUACUCAUCAUGUCUAAAGCUGGUUCAGGUGUUGCCAUGUUUUGCAUGGGACUAUUCAUGGCGCUGCAAGAGAAAAUAAUCGGUUGUGGUCUUAUGCCGACUGUAUUUGGGAUCGUAUUGAGGUUUGUGGUGGCACCGGCAGCGAUGGCUGUUGGUUCUUUUGCUGUGGGUUUGAGAGGGGAUGUCCUUCAUAUUGCCAUCAUUCAAGCUGCUUUACCACAAUCCGUUAUAUCUUUCGUAUUCGCAAAGGAAUAUGGACUCCAUGCAAAUGUGCUUAGCACCGCGUAA